GGUGAUGGCGUUUCAAGUGUUUCUCCAUGUUCUUUGUUAACAACUCGAAAGCGCAAGUUUAAAUCGCACAAAAAUCGCUUAAAUUUAGUUAAUCAGCGUUGGAGCCAUCGCGAUAGUGUGUUUGCCUGCGUCCCCAUCGAAAUCUGCACCAGAAAUUUAAAUUCCGUUCCGUGAAAAGCAGUUCCCUCUCGCCAGCAGCAACAUCGCGAUGGCCGACGACGACCAGCAGCCUGGACCUUCACGGCCCCGUUCCGAGUCGGAGACUCCGGUGGCGGUGGUGGCCAUCGACAGUCAGGACGACAGCGGGGACGACGAUGAGGAGGAGGAGGAGGCGCAAACGUCUGGGGAGGGUUCCAAGGAGCAACAGGGGGACCAGCAACAACAGCAGCAGCAGCAGCAGCAAACUCCGACGAGGAAUCGCAAGCGGAAGCACUCGACGAAACGGGGCAGCGCCAACAAGAAGGGCGGUCCGAGCGAGGAAGAGUUGGACGCGGAGAAGUUAAAGUUCUUGCUGGAACCGGUGCUGAGUGCGUUGCGCGCGUUGGAGGUUAAGAACGAGCUGGAAGCGAUGAGGACGCUGAUCAAUACGUUGCAACCGUCGCAGCAUGAGAUUGAGAUGGCGUUGAACAAGGUUAAGAAGGAUCUGGACCGGGUGCUGGCGUUUCCGAACAAUAGUUAUUGCGUGUACGACUUUGGGUCGAUCAAGUCCGGGUUGGCGUUCCGUGAUUCGGAUCUGGACUUUUACGUGCACUACGAGCGAAACAGCGAGAACCGGAAUGACCAAACGAAGCUGAUUCACGUGAUUCAUUCGCGGAUGAUGCGUGACAAAACGUUCCACACUUUGGUGAAGAUUAUCGGAGCGAAAGUUCCGCUGCUGCGGGCCGUUCACGGUCCGACCAAUCUGACCUGCGACAUUAACUUUAGCAACGCCCGCGGGUGCUACAACAGCAAGUUUAUCUACGCGUUGACCAAGUUCGACUCGCGCAUCCACAAACUUGCGAUCAUCAUCAAAUUCUGGGCCAAAUGUGCCUUCCUGUUGACGAACCACCGCCAGAUGAACACCUAUUGUAUUAUAAUGAUGCUAAUCUUUUACCUGCAAACGAAGAAGCUACCUCUGCUGCCGUCUGUGCAGGAUCUCCAGAAGGGCAUCCCGCGGGUCAACUAUGGGCCGUGGAACCUGGGCUAUCCGCGUGAGAUCAUCUUUCAGUCGAUGAACCGCGAGUCGAUCCGUCAGCUUCUGACGGCCUUCUUCAAGUACUACGCAACAUUCGAGUACGACAAGUACCUGAUUUCGCCGUACGUCGGCCGCCGAGUCACCGUCGAUGAAAUGAAACAGCAAAAGGUGCGAGAACUGCAGCCGUACUACCGGGCCGAACAGCAACAGUUCCCGCAGUUCAACUACGGCACGUUGCUCCACAUCCAAGACCCGUUCGAGCUCAACAUGAACGUAGGCGGCGUCCUAAACUCAGCCCAGCACUUUGAACAGUUCAAGCUCAGCUUCAAAACGGCCCACGAAGUGUGCCUCGCCACGAUCCAGGAACCGUUCGCCAAGGUUCUGGAAGAGGUCUUCACCAAAACCAAGAAGUUUAGCAAACCACCGAAGAACGUUCCACGGCCCAAGAACGGCACAACGAACAGCAACGCCACCGGCAACGGCGGAGAAACUCCCUCCCCGGCGGAAGAUAACGGCAAGCACUGGCGAAUCUGCCGGUUGCUCCCCAUCGAGUACGAGCUGUUCAUGGUGCGGCAGAUUCUGCUCGUGCGAAACACCGACAAGGACGCCAUCAUCACCGAGCGCCAAAUCAAGGACAUGUGGGCCGACUGUUUGCUCGACUUUAUCGAGGACAUUCUGAGCAAAAUUUACCUCCUCAAAGUGGAACCCCUUAAAGACGCCGACCGCUGCUCGAACAUCCCUCCGAGCGUCAAACAGGACGACAUCCGGACGUUCCAGAUGGUGAGCGAGCGGCAGGUCAUCUUCAAGCGGCCGCGCCUGCAAAUCUCCAACGAGGAAGAGCUCGAGAACGAAAUCGCCAUCAGCAAGGCGCGCUGGCAGGCGAAUCGUCCGCUGGUGUUCAACUGUCGCGUGGACCUCUUCAAAACCAACGACGACGCCAUCGAGCUGCACAUUCCGGACCAGCAGCGCAAGAACGGAGCGUUGCGCGUGUUUAUAGAGACCUGCUUCCUCACGCAGAUCAGGAACUGCAUCAAGGGCUACCUCAAGGUGAUGCUGGCCAAGGCCGAGGAACGGGCCAAGGCCGACCGGAACAAGUAGAGCGUGGGGGCAUUUCAUUCUUUAGAUUUUACACACACUUACACGCGUGUAAUUAUUAAGAUCAUUUAAUUUGGACGACACGGAAACGGUUUGCGUGCUAAAAUUAGGAUAAAACUUUGAAGUUUAACACACUUUCCACUUUAUGGUAAGAUUAUGUUUUUUUUUCUUUCUCUAAAAUUAUGAACUUCUCUGUCGAUCGUUUCAUUUGUGAAAUAAAACACCCAUUUGCGGAGGGGAAAUUU